GAGGAAAUAGUGCUAUGGCAUAUUAUACCAGUAGCAUAUUCAACGAAGCCGGCAUAUCAGGUAACCUUGGCCUUCAAGUUUUAGCUAUUGUACAGAUUCGGCAUCUAUUUAGGUUUAUUUUUAUGGAUAGAUCCGGUAGACGACCACUCCUAUUGGUUUCUGCAAGUGGACUGUGUUUUGCUUGUUUUCUUCAGGGACUGUCAUUCUGCUUUAAGGAAUUCCCCGAUCUGAAGGCACUUACUCCGUCUGUGGCAUUUACCGGCACAUUGAUCGGUGCUACAUUCUACUCGAUAGGCUUGGGAGGAAUACCGUGGAUUAUAAUGUCAGAGAUAUUUCCUAUCAAUGUUAAAGCUCAAGCUGGAAGCCUGGUGACCCUAGUCAAUUGGUCCACUGCUUGGGUCAUUACUUACAGUUUCAAUUUUAUGAUGGAAUGGAGCGCAGCAGGAACAUUUUUCUUUUUCUUGGGAAUCUCAGGGUUAACUGUUGUAUUCGCGGCCGUGUUGGUCCCGGAGACAAAGGGGAGAACACUGGAGGAAAUACAAGCAUCUAUCGCUCAUUUUCUGUACAUUUAAGAUAUAAGGAAUGGACAUGAAUGCAUCAAUAUGUAUAAGCAAUACGCAUAUGGCUUACUUUCUUUCGUAUAUUUACAAGUGAUCAUUCCCAAGGAUGAACAAUGC